UGCAAAAUGUUUCGGCGACGUCCCGUUUCCUUUGGCAGGAACGAUCGCGCGACGAGAGCUGACUCAGCUGUCUCGAAUCGCGCGGACUACGUCAUCACGGCUCUGCAGGGCAGACCUUCGAAGGGCGCUGACGGUUUGAACCGCGGCACUGCCGUGUGUUUCCGACACACGCCUGCGCACCGUCGGCCUCGACGGCGCUCGGUGCACGGAGGGCGACGGUGGCCCAGGGGUGGCAGUGCGGGUUCAGGGGGCGGCGAGGGUGGGUGCCUCCUCCGUUGGAACUACCCCUUGACAACAGCUCGCGACCAUUCUCACCCUCGACGGCAGCGGUGAGGCCGCUUCGCAACGCCGUGCCUCGAACACACACCGUGGUUUCGCACACCGAAAUCGCGCGCGCGAUCAAUCGGGCAGUGGUGCAAAAUCAAUCCCGACGAUCCCGGGUACGAGACGUCGCCGUCGUCCUCCUCGCGGGGAGGGGGAUCCAACACGGCGUGCUCGGACGUGAACGACAGACUGCCGCUCGUUCAGUUUCAGCAUGGAGUGCCCCGAGGCGGUAGAACGAGGUCGGAAUUUUCGUCUAGUCGCUGAAGAGGAGUUGUCUAAACUCUUAGAUUUUCUUACGGGAUACUUGCCUGAUUCGUUGAAGUUUCAACAAACCGUAUUAACUUACAUGCGAGAUAGAGUUUGGGAAUUUCAUUUCUACGUAGCUAACGAUUGGCCCGAACAUGCAAUCUGCUUACAUUUUCCCGGAAUGACAUUAUCUCCCCACGGUUUGGUGUACGAGAGCGUCGGCGUCUUCUGCCCGAACGAUCGGCUGGAGCUGCUUCGCCUUCUUCGAGAGGAGGACAUCCUGAUAGACUGGUCGAGACCUUUGUACAUUAAUUUCGUUCAUAACGACAUCGCCGAGGAAUUAACGCGCCUCUACGAAGGUACCGGUAUCAUCGAAACGGUGGUGGGCGACGUCUUCGCCUGCUUCGAGCAGCAGGAGAGCGAAAAGCCGGACGAGAUGUCCGAUCCUGACGUCCAGGUGCGGCCCCUCAAAGCCGAACACGCCGAGGGAAUCCACGAAUUGUAUCCGGCGAACGACAUGGAGUGUCACGAGGUUUUCCUUAGACUUAUCAGAACCCUACCCGCGGCCGGGGUGUUCGAGAAGGGUAGCCUGGCCGCCUGGAUGGUUCAAUCUUACUACGGGGCUAUGUUCUCCAUGCAGACCAAGCCGGAAUAUCGUAGAAAGGGUUAUGGGACGAAAUUAGCAAGGUACCUGACAAAACGCGUAACCGAGAAAGGGUAUUAUCCGUUUGUAGUUAUACGUCCAGAAAACGAAGCUAGCCAAAGUCUGUACAAGAAGCUGGGCUUCAAACGGCUUUACCAACUCGUUCGAAUGAUCUUUAUGCCUUUCACGUGGCAGGAGAACGAGAACGACGCGAAUAUUCUCAGGGAUAACUUGGAGAACGCCGUGAGACAGCUCACAAUCGAGCAGAGGGUAAUAACGGCGUUACGGGGUCAGGAGGAGAGCGAGGAAACGAUACGAGAUCCCGCGGGAAAGGAGGAGGAGGAGGAGGAGGAAGAGGAGGAGGAGGAGGAAGAGGAAGAGGAGGAGGAAAUUCUCGAAACUAUCGAGGAACAAUCCGAAGAGAGGAUAGACAUCGCGGAGGAUAACGCGGGGGACACAACAAACGAAGAUACGCCGGACAUUGUGGAAGUUAACGGCUCUUGCGAGACGGAUGCUGCGAACGGUGACGACGAAUAAAUUUCUAGAGAACGUUUAUGCGAUAAACGACGGUCCAUAAUUCACGUUUUGUUUGCUCGAAGACACGCUCUUCGCCGUGGAACAUUUGACAAACGGCAAAGUAUUUAAGAAAAUUACCGAACGGAAAUUACCGAGUGCCGAAAGUUUCUUAGAUAGAAAUGGUACGCAGGACUUGCUGUAUAUAUAUCCUUCCUAACAGUUGUUUGAAAUCUGCUUAGUUCGAUAGAAAUAAACGUCCAUUUGUAGAUGAUUUAUAUGAAUUAUAUUCACAUAAUAAUGACUCACGGCGAAUGAUGAUGUAACAUUACUUUUGAAUUAUUAUCGAGGAAUAUACAUUGAACAUAUGGCAUUUACAAAACAACAGCACCAGGCGUAUUGUACGGGAUUUUCAGUUGUACAUAGCGACAUGUGUACGUAUGUGUGAGGGGAGCUGCCUUCUUCGAGCGAUAGAAACGAAAGAAGAGAGAGAGAGAGAGAGAGAGUCAAAGAUAGAAAAUAUUUUAAGAGAUUUCAACAUUAUAUGGCACCGCGUUCGUGCGAGGCUUCAAUAUUUUCAUACGUGGAAAGAUAAAAAGUUCCCCGUAUGAUUCCUCAUAUCAGACUCUUUCCAAAACGUGAAAAUCUCAGGUACUGAAUAGCUACGUACACUUGGGUUGCCAAUGUUAUAUCACGUUAAAGUCUAUCUUGUAUCGUUCUUCUAUUACGUUGAUAAAUAUAUAAUUUGAGGAAAAGAGAUCGUCGAUGUUAUCAAUGAUGCGUCAUAGAAAUGCGUUCGGAAACGCGUCUGUUUAUAUAUAUAAAUAUAUUCAAAUAUUUCUAAAUAAAUUAAAUAGAAUUAUCAUGUAGAGAUUUAUGUCUA